CUUUUUAUGAAACCAUGUGGCUUCCGUGUGUGCAUUUAAUGACGGCAUACAAGCAGCACGCGUAUCCGACAAGCCAAAUACCUAUUUGCAUCCGCUGGCUGGCGGACUACAACCUACCCACAGAGUCCAUGCCGUUGCGGACGUUGAAAGUCCCCGUUACGAAACCAUCUACGUCUAAAAUUGCACAUCUUGUACAUCGUCUGAGAAGUGCUGAAGAGGUUAAUCCAUCCGGAUUUUCGGUACUGUAUCAAGAGCUAUUGCGAAUGACUAACGAAGUAAUUGGUGAUUCGUCAGACUUUCAACGUGCAAAGAAACAACCGCGUUGGCCGAAAAUUAUGGCGCCCACAGAUUUGUGUUUCACAUGCAGCAAGCCUGUUGUGAUUGACGCAGUUCGCUGUGCGCACAAUCGGUUACUUUACCAGCGAAAGUGUUUGCGUGUGCAAUCAGGAGCCCGUUGUACAAUUUGUGUCAAUGCUUCACAAACGGUAUCUGUGCC